AUGUCCAUCUGCGGAUACAAGGCCAGGCAGGCCCACGAGGUGUGCCAGCACCUGCUGCGCGACCACCUCACUAUGGUGCCGGUGCAGAUCGACUCGGAGUGCGCUAGGGUUUGCGCGCGCCUCGGCCAGCCAGCCGUCUCUUUCCAGUGUCUUCUUCCGUUCAUCGAGUGCCGCAUAUCCAUUGCCGCGGCUCAAUGUCACGACCGGGCAGGUGAAAGUGCUCGUACGGACAGUAUCGUGAUGCGCGACGAGGACGGCCUGGUGGCUCAUCGCGUCAGCCAGAACGGGCUGUUGCGCUACGAGGGCACGCUGGACAUCAAGGUCUACCUCACCAUCGUGAGCAUCUCUACGAUCGACGAGGAAAAGUCGGGACAACCAGCCACUAACAGUGACUGGAUCGCAGGCAUGGCGGGGGACGCGCACCUCUCGUUCUCGCCGCUGCUGCGUGAGCGACUAUGGGUGCCCGACCUACUCUUCGUCCACGCCACCUCCAUCCGCCAGCUGCAGCUGUACACCCCCAGCGAGGCUCUGCAAAUCUACGCCAACAACACCGUCUUUCUGUCCUCGCUGAUGCUGGUGGAGUAUACUUGCCCUAUGAAGUACAUGUCCUAUCCUCUGGACCGGCAAUCCUGCGACGUCUUCAUGGAGAGCAGCACGUACGCGGCGGUCGGAUUCCGGCUUAAUCUGCAGCGCAAGGUGCAGUUCUACCUGCUGCAGACGUACUUGCCGUCGGCACUGCUCGUGGCUGUGGCCGGCGUGUCGUUCCUGGUGCCGGCGUCAGCAGUGCCUGGCCGCAUGGUGCUCUGUAUCACCACCCUGCUCGCCGUCACCACCAUGUUCGCCGCCGAGAGGCAGGCGGGCCCUCGCGUUAGCUACAUCAAGGCCAUGGAUGUGUGGAUGAUCGGCUGCAUGGUGUUCUGCUUCUACAGCACCGUGGAAUACGCCUUGGUCAUCAGACUGGGGCUGAGCCAGGAGGAGAAGCUGAAAGAGAGUUUCGCAGUUCCGUCCGCGCCCGCCCGUGCCAGCACCACCGGUGUCAGGGGGGUCAAGGUCCAGCCGCUGGGCCAGAGCGUGGACGGGAAAUUGUGA